GGAGCCGCGGCGUACCGGCGGUGAGCUCGGCGCGGUUCGGUGCGGGCAGCGAUGCGGCUCCGCUCCCGUCUGACCUCGUCUCUUCCUCCAGCCGUCGGCCGUCGGUGACCGCCACGCCUUCCCCCGCCUCGGCGCUAUGAGAGCCUCCGCGCUCCGAAGAAUUGCUGAAGUUUGGAUUGCUGUUUAGAUACUACAACCUGCAGUAAGUGGCAAUGUCAAGGGUUCCCACCCCACCUCCUCCUGGGGAGAUGUCCAGUGGACCUGUGGCUGAAAGCUGGUGUUACACACAGGUCAAAGUAGUGAAAUUUUCCUACAUGUGGACCAUUAAUAACUUCAGUUUCUGCCGAGAAGAGAUGGGUGAAGUUUUAAAGAGUUCUACAUUUUCAUCAGGGCCAAAUGACAAAAUGAAGUGGUGCCUGAGAGUGAAUCCAAAGGGAUUAGAUGAUGAAAGCAAAGACUACUUGUCAUUGUACUUGCUUUUAGUCAGUUGUCCAAAAAGUGAAGUCAGAGCAAAAUUCAAAUUUUCACUGCUGAAUGCGAAAAGGGAAGAAACUAAAGCAAUGGAAAGCCAAAGAGCGUAUCGGUUUGUGCAAGGCAAGGAUUGGGGUUUUAAGAAGUUUAUCCGAAGAGAUUUUUUACUAGAUGAAGCUAAUGGUCUUUUACCGGAUGACAAGCUGACCUUAUUUUGUGAGGUAAGCGUGGUCCAAGACUCGGUAAAUAUAUCAGGACAGUCUAACACAAACACUUUGAAGGUACCUGAAUGUCGACUAGCAGAAGAUUUAGGGAAUCUCUGGGAAACAACAAGAUUUACAGACUGCAGUUUUUACGUAGGAGGACAAGAAUUCAAAGCACAUAAGUCUGUCCUUGCAGCACGAUCUCCAGUUUUUAAUGCAAUGUUUGAACAUGAAAUGGAAGAAAGCAAAAAGAACCGUGUGGAAAUAAAUGAUGUAGACCCUGAAGUUUUUAAAGAAAUGAUGAGAUUCAUUUACACAGGAAAAGCACCAAACCUUGAAAAAAUGGCUGACAAUUUGUUGGCAGCGGCAGACAAAUAUGCACUGGAACGGCUGAAGGUCAUGUGUGAGGAAGCACUCUGUAGUAACCUCUCGGUAGAAAAUGUUGCUGACAUCCUUAUCCUCGCAGAUUUGCACAGCGCUGAACAGUUAAAAGCACAAGCAAUAGACUUUAUUAACAGGUGCAGUGUUCUUAGACAACUUGGGUGUAAAGAUGGGAAAAACUGGAAUAGCAACCAAGCAACAGACAUAAUGGAAACAGCAGGCUGGAAGUCCAUGAUCCACUCCCACCCUCACUUAGUAGCAGAGGCCUUUCGUGCACUCGCGUCUGCACAGUGUCCACAGUUUGGCAUUCCACGCAAACGGCUAAAACAGUCCUGAAAUCUUCCAUGGACUUAGAGAAACUGAAUUGACUCUACUCCUCCAUGUCCAGAGGUGUUUUCACAAACCAUAACAAGAGUUUUUGUUAUCCUUGUCCACAGAACAGAAGCUGAAAAAGCCUAUUGUUUGCUUUUCAGAUGGAUAAUUUAUGGUUUAAUCCUCAGCUUUAAAUUAGACUGAUUACUCUAAUUCACUGAAAGGCCUUAAAUUAUCUUCAAUGACUCUAGUCCAUAUAGUUUAAUGUAUCUUGAUUUUUUUAUUAUUAUUAUUUUUUAAUGUGCCUUGUCUUUUUGACUAGGCUCUGCAGGAUUGCACUAGCUCCAUAAUGCAGUAAAGUUGAUAACUGAAGAUUAAUUUUUUGAAAGGGAUCUUCCAUUAUUUUCAGAAGAAAAAAAGAUUAUUAUAGUUUGGUCCUGUGCUAACUGGAAGGUUUUAACUAGCCUCUCAUUGAAAGCACUUGAACCAGAGGCACAAAUGUACCCUAGACAAGUGCUGUGUAUGGGGAGAGCCUGUUUACCUUCAGCGAAUGCCUACAGGCUAUUUAUGGCAAUAUACUGCUUUGAACAUAAUUUAUUUUUCAUUGUGGGGGCAAAUAUGCAAUGGUUUGGCCCAAAAAUGUAUUUUCAUUACAGUUUGUAAUGCUUAUUGUGUGUGUGUCAAAGCUGUCCAAACAGUGAAAAGAAACACAGAAUAUGAACCUCUUGCUUGUGUUUCUUUGUGGUCCAUCGCUAGUUUACAUUUAAUGCAGAACUGAACAAGAGGUGAAGAGUUCAAUGUGAAAACAGAAAAGUAUUGUAUAUGGAAAAAAAUAUAUCCCACAUGUACGGUUACAUAGAAAAGUAAAGAAUGCAUAGAAUGACCAAAUGUAAAUUGAAGAAAAUGGGCCAAAUGGAUUCUUAAUAUGCACUUUUAACGUGUAACUUUUGUAUGUUGUGUGGUACAUAUAUAUUUUGCUUUUGAUGAAUUAAUGAGGUACAGGUAAUUGUGGCUUAACUUUUUAGAUACGUUUUCAGAUGCCCACAGCCACAUGGGAUUUAGUUUUGUUAGAAAAGAAAAGCAUGUCUUUUUAAGACUCAUUUGAAGGUGACUAUUGCAAGCUUUCAUAUUUAAGUAACAGAAUACUUCUGCUUAUUUGAAAGAGGCACGUGGAAGGCAAAAUUGUGGAGGAGAGGCUUUCCCCAUCUCAGUGUGUGCACAGCUUCUGUUAGCACCUGGGAAGCUCCACAAGCAUCAGGAGGAAUAUUUCCCUGAAAUGUCAGAUGUGUCAGCAAGCAGAGACUUGCUCAGUCUUGCAUUUCAGUUAUUGUACUAGCAUUGUGGAUGGUUUUGGAAUUCUGCAUAAUGUGAAAAGGAUGAAACGUUUAUAAAAUGCUUGUCAUGGGCCAGUUCUUUAUUCCAUGAACCUUAGCUUUAAUACCAACUUCCUCAGUGUUUGAUAGCUUUGUUUACAAUUGAGAGGAAAAGUUUGCAGUAGUGCACUCUCAAAGUGUUUCCUGAGUUAUUACAUUGAGUUUACUGUAAUAGUGAUGUGUUGCAUUUCUUCCUUGGGAAGACUUGGGUUUAGCAGUGGGGAUUGGGAGGAGAUCUCACCUAAUUUAUGAUCGUGUUUGGAUAAAGGCUUUAGUUUGCCUAUUAAAAAUAAAAAUAAAAAAAAAAAGUUAUGCAGGGAACAGAGAGGAGGAGUUGUUUACUCUCUUACAGUCUCUUUCCAUCCUCAUUUCAUUAAGGUUCUUAUGAAUUGCUCUAAAUGAAGUUUUUAGAGGAAAGAAUGUAUACUUUUAUACUCUGGCCAUUAGCAAAGGCAAAUUGGAAAAAAAGCCCACACCAAUUUCUUAACAAAAUAGUCUCUAAACAUGCAUUUUUCUUACCUUCCAACUAAAUCUUUUAUGAUGGAUAAAGUGUAAAACCAGAAACUUUAAUAGUACGUAAGGCAUCAAAUUAUAUAUUUACAGAGAUUUAUCCUUAUAUCAAUUUUUAAAUAUUUAUCUAAAAUAAGGUCUCACAAGCAUUUUUCACAGCAAGAUGUGAAGAUAAUGGUUCCCUCCAAAACAGUGCUGUUGUGGCUGCACUGUGUAAUAGAACACAUCAUACCCUCAUACCCAUCACCGGUAAAACUUGCAGCCCUAGCGCACUGAGUGACUUGAAUAUUUAGUACUGCAGUGAUUGUCCAGAUCAGCUUGAUCUGAAGUAACAACAUACAGUAAUCUAAUGGAAAGCUUAAGGAUUUUACAAAGACUUUUUUUUUUUUCCAGAAGCUUAAUAGCACACUUGUACCAAAAAAUGUCAGGCACUGUGCUGUGGUAUUACCUACGUUGUGAAGUGUCCACUUUUCAAAUUAGGCAGUGUAUACCGUACAUUACGCUGACAGGAGAGAAAACAAACCAUGUAAUCUGAUUGGAUUUGGGUUUAUUUAUUAUGUAUCUUUUUAAGUUUGGUCAGCUCUUAAGAAAGAGGCGAAACAGUUGCUGUAUUCUUAAGUGAGUGCACUAAAAUUCACCUCUUCUGUUCUUUAAACACAUGCGGUGUUCUUGUCUUAUUGGGGUGGGAUAGCUGUUAAUUGCAACCCUCUCCUUUGGAUUCAGUAGCUUGUUUUCAUCCCUUACAUCUCAAAUACUUGCCCUUCAAAGCAUCAGUUGUCAGUUCUAAGUGCAGCAGAUAGAAGACUGUGUAAUACGAUGGACAGAUUUUGGGUUUUUCUUUUUCAGGAUGAAAUCUUAGGAUUUUUUUCUUAGUUUUGUAUACAGAUUAGGAAUAUAUCGUAUGAAGGUGCCACGUUUUGGCUUGCCAACACUACUCCCUUGGAUAGAUGUGAACCACCGCUUGCAUACUUUUCUGGGGAGAACCCUGCAUGUGUGUCCUGUGUGUGUGCGUGUGUGUAUGUAUGACUGUGUGGUGUUUUUUGUCAAGAAUGACUUUCUAAAAAUAAGGACUCCAUUUGCUGUUAAAAUGCUAUUAUGUAUUAUAUAUAUUAUUAUUUUUAUUUUUUUUUUCCAUUUGAACCUCUCCUAAGGAGAUGCUUUGGGUGGAAGAGGCUUCAAUAAACAAUCCUUAUUUUCUAGUCCAUUUACUGCAUGCAGAAGUGUAAACACAUUGUGCCUUUUUAGGAAACUGUUGCGAUGAAGGGAAGAUUUAACAGGAAACAACAUCUUUUUAAAAGGUAUUUUUUAAAGGUGAAGGAGGGCAUUUGAUACGCAGUUGAGACAGAAGUUAUAGAUCAUGCCUUUGAGCUCUGUUGCAUGUUGACUCCUGCUUUUGCAGUUAAGUUUCGCUGCAAAAAGUGUGGAAUAACAGAUGUAAGUUGAAUAAUGGUCUAUUUUGUGAAAAUGUGAAAAUAUUUGCUGUUACAAGCUGAGUGUGUGUCAAAAUGUGAUAAUCAUGGACAUGAAGUUAGUUUUAUAAGUCACUCUAGUUCUGAUGUUUUUCUCAACAAUGAGUGUUUAACACAAAAUUCACCUUUCUACAGGUCAGUAGAAGGCCUACGUGGAGAUUAUUCCUUUUAAAUCCUCAUGGGAAGGCUUCUCCCUUGGGAGAAUAAAAUGACGUGCAGUAUUUGAAACUGUGUUUCAUAAGACAGUGAAUUGCAGAUGUGAGGUAUUGCUGCCUGAAAUGUUGUUGAGUUACGCUGAAUUUUACUAUUGGUUAAUAAAAUAUCUUGAUUUUUUUUUUUUUUUGACGAAUGGAAUGUUCUUUAUCUGAUGUUGACAGCUUCUGUAGUAAAGAGCUUAGCUCGUUAGCUAGCAAGACACUGACUUAAUUUCAUAACUUGGCUUCUGCUUACAGUAAAUGGACUAUGUUUGUAAAGGGAAUUCACUAUUUCAAGUGUUUUGCAAGGAACUUCACUGUAUUUGUAACCUGUUUUUUGAAGGCUUAAGAUAAAUGAGUCCUAUUUUAGAAAUCAAGCCAGUGAAAUGACUUGGACCUGUUUUGGGGUGGAGAUGAUUAAGAGAAUUCAGAUAUGUAAACAGUUGUAUCGAACCAUCCAGCCUUUUUUAUCAGCUGAUGUUAAUGGUGAAAUACUUUUUGUACCUUGUUGCUGAAAAUAUUUUUGCGUUUCAGCACAUCAAGUUACAAUAAAGUUGUUACUUAUACAGAA